CUCGCGCAGUUUAGGGCGGGCGGGCGACAGACGCACUCACUUUUGUUACUACGUUUCAAGUUUACCGCGAAGUUUUCGAACUAAUGCAUGUGUUCAACACAUGUUUCGACACACGUCAAAAGUAGAAUUUGCAUUUAAAAGCUCCGUUUUAGUGGACGUUAAAAAGCUCAGAGAUGAGUGCCUUAUGAUAUUAGGACCAGAAACAGCGAAGAAGAAUGGACGGGUCUUUGGAGAACGAUGAGCCGUUCAUAUUUCGUCUCAACGAUAACGGUUCUGGACCAAGCCUUCUCGUCAAGGUAUGUGCGGAACGAGGCUGGAGAAUGUACCAUGGGUACAGCACCGGCGAGGACCGGUGGAACCUUUGGUGGCGGACCGGCGCGUUCCCAGCUGCGUGCUACAAGGCUCUUGGCGAUUGGCAGUUCAUGAACCACAUACCAAAAGGAGGUUCGAUAUGCCGAAAGGAUGGCUUGUCAAGAUUGCUGCGCUGCAUGAGAAAAAUCUAUGGAUCCAUUUAUGACUUCAGUCCACCAUGCUACCACCUCCCGCUGGAGUAUGCGAAGUUGGUGUCCGAGUUCUCCAGGCUGCGACGCAAUGAAGAUGGUGACUCCAAUGUCAUCUGGAUACAUAAACCUGUGGCCCAGAGCCAGGGUCGAGGGAUUUUUCUAUUUCGGAGCAUUUGUGAGAUGCGAUGUGGCACUGCCGCGGUAGUGCAGCGGUACAUAGAGCGACCUCUACUCAUCGCUGGAUACAAGUUUGACUUGCGGCUCUACGUUUGUGUGCCGGGGUACAGGCCUCUGACUGCGUACAUGUAUGCUGAAGGAUUAGCUAGAUUUGGUACGGAUAAAUAUACGUUAUCGGACAUACACAAUCCAUACAGACAUCUGACCAAUUCGUCUUUGAAUAAAUCGGGGCCAAGAUAUGCUGAAUGUAAGGAUCGAAUUGGAAGUGGUAAGAGCAUGUUUGUUAAACCAAUGCGUUAGACCCUCGUAGACAAGUGAGGCAGGUGGGGGGCAGCGGAAUGGCUGGUCUGGCAGCGCAUCAGGGCGCUGGUGACAUUGACGCUGCUGGCUCAGGCGGCUGGCACUCCUCACGCGAGGAACUGCUUCGAGUUCUACGGCUUUGAUGUUCUGCUCGAUGACUCUUUGAAGCCAUGGUUGAUUGAGGUGAAUUUAUCGCCAGCUUUGGGAGCGAACUGCGAAGCUGACACAACGGUGAAGCAACCGAUGCUCCACGAACUGUUUGACUUGUUGGGAAUGCCCAUGCGACACACUGGGCUCUCUCUUCUAAGGGGGCCGUCUUCACAGAUACACAGUUAUUGUUCCGAAGACGAAGGCGGCGUGAAGCGGGUCGUACCGCCACCGCGGGCCGCCACCGCAGGCGUCAGACGCGGUACGCGGUGGCGACGCCGGCGACCGUUGCCGGUGCACUGCGUCACGCUGCUACCCCCUGUGCCAGAUUAUACGGAGGAGAUCGAAAAAGUAAAGGAGCCGAACAGCGAACGCUCGCUGAAAACUCCGUCUGAAGCCAGUAUUGACAACUUGGAUGCACAGUCCACCUCAAGCGGGGCCAUAACCCCAGCGGAGAUUCCGGAGGAUACGUGGCGCAGCGGACUGACGACCGCCGCCCGCCGCCGGGUCAUGACCGCGUGCGCAUGGGGCAACGGCGUGCGGUGGGACCGAGCCUCGGGCCGAGUGGGCCAGUGGGUGCGAAUCUACCCUCAUGUACUGCCUACGGAUGAUCAGGCGCCGGUGGAAGAUGCCCGCGACAGUGUCGCUCAAGUGUCGAAGUUCCUCCGCGCCGCCCGCGAGGUGUGCCGCGAGGGCGGGCGGGAACCGCGCGCGCCGCGCGACGCCGCCCGCGACGCCGCCUUCGAGGCCGCCCUACGCAAGAAGCUCGACUGCGGCCCGCAGUUCGAAGUCUGGCUUCCGCCGUUCUAAUGUGUUCAAUAAUAUUUAGGCAGAGUAAAUACAAAUGAGUAGGUCAUCUUCAUAGAAACGCACCGAGCGCGGUUUGUAUGCGAGUGUAGUGUUAAAUGAAUACAUACGAUACGAGCCAAUACGUAUGCGGCGCGCACGCUUACUUACUUACUGUUGUGUUCGUUUCGUUAAUCGAGUAUUUUCGGGCAAGUGGGUGAUUAACCUGCUGUACCCUAGUCCGGUGGUGGGGCUGCCACCUCAGAGCUUCUGGACUCGCUCGGUUUUUUCCGCGCACGCACACACUGACAAAAUUCAGCGCACCUCACCGCUAAUC